AUGCAGAAGUUCGCGAGGCUUGGCCGUGUCGGCCAGAGUCUUGUCCAACGGAGGCAAUUGGCCACCGUCAGCGAUGCGCCGCUUUCCAAGAAGGUCGAGAUGACCAACUGGGAGAAGGGCCACUACAUCAACUACCAGAAGAUGAGCGAGAACCUGGGCAUAGUGCGCAAGCGUCUCAACCGCCCGCUCGCCUUCGCCGAGAAGAUCCUUUACUCGCACUUGGACGACCCUCACAACCAGGAGAUCGAGCGAGGCACGAGCUACCUCAAGCUCCGCCCUGACCGCGUUGCUUGCCAGGAUGCCACCGCCCAGAUGGCAAUUCUGCAGUUCAUGUCGGCUGGUAUGCCCUCCGUGGCCACUCCGACCACUGUGCACUGCGACCACUUGAUCGAGGCGCAGAUUGGAGGCGCAAAGGAUCUGGCUCGCGCCAACGACAUCAACAGGGAGGUCUACGACUUCUUGUCCACCUCUUGCGCAAAGUACAACAUUGGUUUCUGGAAGCCUGGCUCUGGCAUCAUCCACCAGAUCGUCCUCGAGAACUACGCUUUCCCCGGUGCUCUGCUCAUCGGUACCGACUCACACACACCUAACGCCGGUGGUCUGGGUAUGGCUGCUAUCGGUGUCGGAGGUGCUGACGCCGUCGAUGUCAUGGCUGGUCUUCCUUGGGAAUUGAAGGCUCCCAAGGUGCUUGGUGUCAAGCUGACAGGUAAACUGUCUGGUUGGACUGCUCCCAAGGACAUCAUCCUCAAGGUCGCCGGUAUCCUCACCGUAAAGGGUGGAACUGGCUACAUCGUCGAAUACCAUGGUCCUGGUACCGAGAGCCUGUCUUGUACAGGCAUGGCUACGAUUUGUAAUAUGGGUGCUGAAAUUGGUGCUACCACAUCUUUGUUCCCCUUCAACGACCGCAUGUACGACUACCUCGCUGCUACCAAGCGCCAGUCUAUCGGUGACUUCUCCCGCGAGUAUGCCGCUGAGCUCCGUGAGGACGAGGGUACGCAGUACGACGAGCUCAUUGAGAUCAACCUGGACGAGCUCGAGCCGCACAUCAACGGUCCCUUCACACCCGAUCUCGCUACCCCUAUCAGCAAGUUCAAGGAGGCUGUCAAGGCCAACAAGUGGCCCGAAGACCUCAAGGUCGGUCUCAUCGGUUCGUGCACUAACUCCUCAUAUGAGGACAUGUCGCGCGCCGCUUCGAUCGCUGAGGAUGCCAUGUCCCACGGCAUCAAGUCCAAGUCUCUCUUUACUGUCACUCCCGGCUCAGAGCAGAUCCGCGCCACCAUCGAGCGCGACGGUCAGCUCAAGACCUUUGAGGAGUUCGGCGGCAUGGUGCUCGCCAACGCCUGCGGUCCUUGCAUUGGUCAAUGGGACAGGAAAGAUGUAGCUAAGGGCGAGCCCAACUCCAUCAUCUCGUCCUACAACCGCAACUUCACCGGACGCAACGAUGCAAACCCCGCUACGCACUCUUUCGUGACAUCGCCUGACCUUGUCGUCGCGAUGUCUAUUGCUGGAACGCUCAACUUUAAUCCCUUAACCGAUACAUUGAAGGAUAAGGAUGGCAAGGAGUUCAAGCUUAAGGAGCCUACCGGCGACGGUCUCCCCGGUCGUGGGUUUGAUGCCGGUUUGGAUACGUAUCAAGCUCCUCCCGAAGACCGCAGCUCCGUCUCCGUCGCUGUGUCCCCUACCUCGGACCGCCUCCAGCUAUUGCAGCCUUUCGAAGCCUGGGACGGAAAGGAUAUCUCCGAAAUUCCAGUGCUAAUAAAAACUGUUGGAAAAACGACGACUGACCACAUUUCCAUGGCCGGUCCCUGGUUGAAAUACCGUGGACAUCUUGACAACAUUUCCAACAAUAUGCUUAUCGGUGCCAUCAGCGCCGACAGCGGCGAGGCAAAUAAGAUCAAGAACAACCUCACUGGCGAGUACGACGCCGUCCCGGCUGUUGCCCGUGACUACAAGAAGAACGGCAUAAAGUGGGUUGUCAUCGGCGACUGGAACUACGGCGAGGGCUCUUCCCGUGAACACGCUGCUUUGGAGCCCAGGCACUUGGGAGGUAUUGCUGUCAUCACCCGAUCCUUCGCUCGUAUCCACGAGACCAACUUGAAGAAGCAGGGUAUGCUUCCCUUGACCUUCAGCGACCCGGCCGAUUACGAGAAGGUUGGCCCCAACGACAAGGUCAGCAUCGCUGCUACCGAGCUCGCCCCCGGCAAGCCCAUUACCCUCACCGUCCACCCCGCGGACGGCAGCAAGUCUUUCGACAUCAAGCUGUCGCACACCUUCAACGAGGGCCAGAUUGAGUGGUUCAAGAACGGCAGUGCGCUCAACACCAUGGCUAAGAAGUCUGGUAAAUAA